AAGUGGGUGGGUUUGUGGAUUGCCCACAGCACGACGCGCGAGCGACUCAUCAGUACUCGCUGUACUCAAGCUGCAUUAAUGUUCUCACACACUUACACGCACCUCACACACUCACACACUCCUUACACAGUCAACACACAUUUACUCACACACCCCACAUUCACACACACACACUCAUCGGUCCGGGAGGAUCUCAGCCUGAUCAUGGAUUUGCUCAUGUGGAUCUCUGUCCUGAUGUCCGGUCUUUUCGGCGCGCGCGCCUUCCUGCUCCCUGACAUCCGCGAGCCCGAGUUCAUCCGCAGGUGCGUGCAGGCGCAUAACGCGCACAGGGCGCGCGCUCAACCUCCCGCCGCAAACAUGCGCUCCAUGUCCUGGGAUGAUGUGCUGGCGAGAGAAGCUCGGUCCUGGGCAAGACAUUGCAAGGGAUCUCAUAAUCCUGUGCUGAAGCAGGAGGGCAGAGCUCACCCAGAGUUUUGGCAUGUCGGAGAGAACAUCUGGCUUGGAGCCCCAUACUCAGCAUUUACUGUUGAGUCAGCAGUCAACAGCUGGAAUAAAGAGGGUGCAGAUUACACACUUGGAAACAACAGUUGUGCCAGAGUGUGUGGACAUUAUACACAGCUCAUGUGGGCGACGAGUUAUAAAGUGGGCUGCGCCGUGCACGUGUGUUCCAGAGGAAUCGAGAACUUCUCCAACCAUCCACAGUCCACCAUUUUUGUCUGUAACUACGGUGACACUGGGAACGUGUUCGGCAUCACGCCGUAUAUCGUGGGUCUGGCGUGCAGCAAGUGCGGCGUGGAGAAGUGCAGGGACAAACUGUGCAGAAAUGACUGGAUUCCAGGGUGGGAUCUCGGACCCGGCGGUUCGGCUCAGGCCGUCUCUGAUUGGCUGAAUGGCUCUAAACUGCAGCUGCUCGCUGGAAUCUUCUGGAUCCUUUACUUUUAUUCAAGACACUGAAAUCACUCAAUAAACUGAAUUCCAUUUCAA